AUGACUGUAGCCACAUUGGGUUACACAAUGGUAAUUUGUGGCAAUAGUGACGAUCCGCGUCAUAGGUAUCGAGGACGAAUCGAAAAGGUAAAAUUUGGUGUACCAAUCGAGGAAGCUUUCGCACAUGAUAUUCCUGCCACCUUAUUAGUGUUAUUGUUAAAAGUGCAUAAGGAUGGUCCCACAAAAAAAGAUAUCUGGCGGGCACCAGGUAAUCAAGCUCAAGUACGGAAGCUGUCACAUAUCAUGCAACAUGGAAGGCUUGUAAAUAUUGCCAAUUUCAGUGUCUACACUGCUGCGUCUGUUAUCAAGAAGUUUCUAUCGAAGUUACCUGGGGGUAUAUUUGGCCUCGAAAACGAACAAAAGCUCUUUGAUUUGUAUAAUUUGUCGGAUCCAGAAUUGCAGAGACAGUCAUUUUGUAGAGUAAUAAGCAGUUUAUCAGUACCAUCGCAACAUCUACUUGUUUUACUUUUUGGCACUUUUUAUUUGAUCUCAGAAUCUGCCGAUUCGUUCGGUUCAAGAAUGACGGCGGAAGCACUUGGAAUUUCUGUUGCACCUUCACUUUUCCACUCUUGUAUUCAUAAUGGACAACGGGCAAAAAUAGAGGAUGUGUUGAGAUUCAAAAUUGCAUCCGAAAUUAUUUCAAGAAUUAUUCAAAAUUUUGGUUAUGCGAGCCUUUUCCCCCGCGAAUGCUAUGAAUUUUAUGCUCGUAUUACUGGCAGGACGCUGCGAAUAGAUGAAAAUGAUUCACGCUUGCGAUUCGCUAUACCAGCUAAUGCACCAGAAUGGCCGGUACCAUUACCUAACGCUUAUUCAAUGAUGGUUGUCCAAUGUGCUGGAAGUUAUUCAAUGAAUACUGUUGCUACAAUCGAUCGCAUUAGUACUAACUGUGGUAGGCGCUCCGCUAAUCAUCAACAUGCUAAAAUUAUGCAAGCUGUUAGUAAAAUUGGUUGCUUCAGAAAUGGAGAAACAGAAAAAAAUAACAGUUAUACUAAAGAGAGAACGUUGCAUCGACAGAUUUCUAGACCAUGUCUUUCCUUUGAUGUUGAUAUGAAUGAUAAUGAGGACAAACCUAGUUCAUUAAUAUCUACUAUAAGUUUGCGACCUCAGCAACGAACUGUUAGUUAUCCGUAUACAGUCAUAGCAGACUCUGGACAGACAUUUUCCGACACUGGUUCUCAGCAUAUCACUGUUGCAGUGAUUGCUGACGAUCGACCGACUUGCAAAAGCACGAAAUCUGUUUUGGGGCCUUCAAAUAGUUUAACUGUUGCGAACUCUUGUGUACAUCAGUCAGUUUCCAAUCAUUCUCGAAAUACUCAAGUUUUGACUAUUUCGGAUUUGGAGCUAAACAGUUCAGGGAGUUGUGAUUUUUGA